GUGGGAGACCGAUAUAAUAGGCGGCCGACGGCGUGAAUCGGCUGCAGAGUCGUGACGAACCUCGCAUGCACUCGGGGAUCGCCCGCCGUUUUCUUGGUUUUUUUUUUCAAAUUUCAAAUCGUUUUUGUCGACGCGAGUCCCACACGAAAACUAGCACGUGAACCGUGAUUUGUUUUCGUUCCCGAGAUCGAUCGUUUCGACGUGCGAGAAUAUUGUAUUGCCAGUCGAAUCGAGCGUAGCUGAGGUUCGCGCACGAUACCGUGUUAUAAUAAUAUCGUUGUAAUCGUGUUCACGGGCACACCGAAAUUUCGCGAAAAUUCCAAUAGCAGAGAAGUUCGCGAAAACGCACGAAACUGUAUUGUAUUUUGACAUAAUAUACCGAUAACGCCGCAUCGCGCACGACGUCAUCAUGGCCACCUGUAAAUCUUGUAUCGCGCUGAUGAGCUCUCUAGUCCUGCUGUUAUCCUGCGCGCUGCGAUGUUCGGUCGCGGUCCAGACGGACGCACAAGCAAUGAUGUAUUUAUCUCAAUUUGGUUACUUGAGCCCUUCGAUGAAAAAUCCGAAUUCAGGUCAUAUCAUGUCUGAGGAAACAAUGUCCCGGGCGUUAAUGGAGUUUCAAUCAUUCGUCGGUCUAAAUUUGACAGGUCACUUGGAUGACGAUACCCUACACUAUAUGAGUAUGCCAAGAUGUGGUGUAAGAGAUAAAGUUGGGUUUGCUACAGACUCCAGGUCUAGGAGAUAUGCUCUACAAGGUAGUCGGUGGAGGGUGAAGAACUUGACGUAUAAAAUAUCCAAGUAUCCUAAAGUGCUGGGUAAGUCGGAAACGGACUCGGAAAUCCGGAAAGCAUUCGACGUAUGGUCUGACGUCACACCGUUGACGUUUACUCACAAAAAAUCUGGACAAGUGCACAUCGAAAUCAGAUUUGAAAAAGGUGAACAUGGUGAUGGCGAUGCAUUCGACGGACCGGGUGGAACUUUGGCACAUGCUUUCUUUCCGGUUUACGGGGGUGAUGCUCAUUUUGAUGACUCAGAAAAAUGGUCAAUAGGUUCAUUUAAAGGUACUAACUUGUUUCAAGUAGCAGCUCAUGAAUUCGGUCACUCAUUAGGAUUGUCUCACUCAGACGUCCGGUCGGCGUUAAUGGCGCCAUUUUAUAGAGGUUAUAAUCCGUCAUUUAAUUUGGACAGCGACGACGUGGAAGCCAUUCAGGCUCUGUACGGCGCUAGCACCUCGGGAGAAGGAUCCGACAACGAUGACGACAGCACUAGCCAGGGAUCGGGUAAAAAGACAACAACGCAAGAACCGCCGGGCACAGAGGGCAGCGACGCUGAAUUAUGCACAGACACUAAAGUGAAUGCUUUGUUCAAUUCGGCCGGCGGUGAAACUUUUGUGUUUAAAGGCGAUUACUAUUGGAAGUUGACGGAUGACGGACUGGCUCAAGGAUUUCCCAAGUCCAUCGCGGGCACGUGGUCUGGCCUGCCGGGCAACAUAGACGCCGCGUUUACGUAUAAAAACGGUAAAACUUACUUCUUCAAAGGCACAAAGUAUUGGAAGUACACUGAUACCACGAUGGACGACGGAUAUCCAAAAGACAUAAGCGACGGCUUCGCCGGUAUCCCGGACAAUAUUGACACCGCUCUUGUUUGGAGUGGAAACGGAAAGAUUUACUUUUUCAAAGGCUCAAAGUUCUGGAAAUUCGACCCGACGCAAAAGCCCCCUGUAAAGAGCACGUACCCGAAGUCUAUCAGCAACUGGGAUGGUAUACCGAAUAACAUUGACGCUGCUUUGCAUUACACCAAUGGCUAUACAUAUUUUUUCAAAGACGAGAACUAUUACAGGUUCAACGACAGGACGUUUGCAGUCGAUACUGCAGACCCACCUUUCCCUCGCAAUUCAGGCUAUUGGUGGUUUGGCUGCAGGGCCGAACAUAAGGGACAGCUGGAAGAAGUGACCGCAGCGCCCAGCAUACUGAAACCAACGUGGAUGGAAGUCAGACGGGAUCACAAGGGCAACCAAAACACGGAUGUCGGUGAUCUGAUAAUGGACGCAGAUAACUCUAGAGUAUUCAACGAGACGCACGGCUGGCUUGCUAGAAGUAGUUCACCAAAACACACAGUCACCGUCUUGUGUAUUAUCUUGACAUCGUUGUGGUGGUGCAUUUCCUGAACUUCCGGAACCAGAUCCAGAGUUACAGUGUUCCAGGCGUUACAGAUACUCAACCAACUAACAGAUAUAACAAAAUUAUAUUCUUAACUGUGAUAAAAAAGUAAACUACUCUUGUCUAUUUAUAUAUGAUUAUUGUAAGUACUUAUAAUAAGUUUCAUAUUUUUGUAUGUUUUUAUUUAUAUUUAUAUAUUAAUAAUUUAUUGAAUGACCGAUUCAUCCAACCAAUUUGUGUCAACACACAAUAUAUUACACAUGUUAAAUUAAUUUUUAAGUUCAUACACAAUAAUAAUUUAUUAUAAUACUGUAAAAUACCUUAUAUGAUUUAUCAGUAUGUCGUGAUUUAUUUAAAUUGAUCAUUGGUAUGGUUACCAUUCACCAAUAUAAUAGUAUUAUUAUCUUAUAAUCAUAUUAUUCAACGAAGUUUCUCGCAUACUCUUACAAUACUAAGCACCAAUCCUAGAUAGCAUUUCAAAAUGAUAAUUUUUCAACAAUAUUUUAGAAGAUUUUAAAAACAAUUUAACGACGGUUCUAUUUUUAAAAUGUUUCUAAAAUAUUUCAAAAACAUUAUCAUAUUCUAAAAUGCUGCGUGGGAUGUAUUAUUAAUUGUCUUUAAUGUUAUAAUAUAAUUAUUGUUUCAUCGACAUUAAAUUAAUUAAGUCUUCUAAUAUUAUUAUGUCGUACAUUUAUAUUAUAUUAUUUUAUAUUAUAUAAAAGCCAGUGAAUUGAUUGGUCUCGUAUUUUACGACAUAUUGGCAAAGUCAAUUACUACUUAGUAUUGAAUUUGUUUGUCAUGAUAAAAUUAAUUAUUGAUUAAAUCUAAGUAGUUUUAAAUUCAAAA